UCAAGGAUAAGACGUGGUAAUUAGUAUGAUCGUUAGGUUUUUUAUCCUAUAAAACCUCAUCUGAAGGUUUGCUCAGUUAGCAUAAAAUAAAUCAAAAUGGCAAGUUCAGUAGUAGGAGGGGGAAAUAAAUACAGAGACUACUUGAGUGAUGAAGAGCUCAAAAACACCAAAUGGAGAAAUGGUCCUCCUAGUUAUGAUGUUGUUGAUAAGCUCUUUGAACAAGAAAGAACUCAUGUAUGGGUUGAAGGAUCAGCAGAAGAGAAAGUGCAAAGGCUAUUGAAGACUUGGGAAAUGGAAAUAGUCCACAAGGCAGAUCCUAAUGACCUCAAAACUAUGGAUCCAAACAAGUUCACAAUUAGUGUUAACGGCAGGAAGGGGUUAACACCGGCAGAAUCUGCAAAGCUUGGUGGUAGCUAUAAUAUAUUCCUACAAACUUCAUUGCCAGAAAAUGUUCGACUCUACAAUCCUGACGAUGAAACAUUUGAAUCAUCACAAAAACUUUUCAGAUCCAUAUUUUUACGAGGAUUCGCGAUUGAAAUUCUCCAUGUUUAUUCAGGACCACCAGAAAUUGUGUACAAGUUUAGGCAUUGGGGUUACAUGGAAGGUCCAUUUAAAGGACAUGUUCCAACUAGACAACUUGUAGAGCUCUUUGGGAUUGGCACUUUUGAACUGGACAAAGAGAGUAAGAAGAUUAUUAAGGCAGAGAUGUUUUUUGAUAGAGGAGAAUUGCUUGGAGGCCUUGUGAAAGGAGAAAGAAAUGGUGAUCAAUCCACAUUGGAUGCUUCAAUAUGUCCUUUUAUGAAAUAAGAGAAAUUAAUUACUAGCAAAAUGUUGCUUGUUUUCAAUUACUUUCGAGAUCUAUGUGGUCAUGUUUAAUUUUACUAGAAAUGUGUAGCUAUUACCUUUCAAGCACAUAAUUUCUUUAAUAUCUCAAAUAAAAAAGUACUCGUGUUCUAUGAUUA